AUGUUAGGAAAACUUCCUAAAAGUAUCUCUCGAUCCAGUGUUGACACACGAAGUGAUCCCGUCAAGAAACCAAAGAACAAGCGCGCGACAGCAAUGCACAAUUCAACGGCAAUUUACUCCAAAUCAACGUUAGAGAUAAAGAAAAGACACCUACUUAAGAAAGACAGGAAGUCAGUAAACAUAUCCUAUCAGGGACAUGUUCAGCUUGCGUGUAGGCAAUUCCAAGAUAUGAUCCAAAAAGCACACAACGAAGUCAUGAAGAAGAUCAAGGUCAAUUCAUGGUGGGACACUCCAAUACGCAUCGUGAUGGAAGCGAUGGGGACUUCAAUGCACCGAGAAGGGCAAUGGAUACCAGACGGACAUCGGAAUAUGACGGAGUCGAACAAACAAGUCUGGAAUGCCUGA